GGCAAAAUGGCGGCGCCCAGUCCCAGCCCCGGGCGCGGUUUCCCCUUCGCGGGCUCUCCGAACGAGCAUCCCGCGAACGAGGAGCCGCCGUCGGAGGAGAAAAGGCGGAAGAAGCCGCCCUGCCGAGCUUGUACGGACUUCAGGAGCUGGAUGCGGGAGCAGAAGAAGCAGGCGGGCCCGGAAACAAAUGUCCAGGAAUCAACAUCUAAUUGCCCCCUAGACAGAGAAGAACUAGGGAGAUGUUCAUGGUCAUUUCUACACACGAUGGCAGCAUUUUAUCCUGACCGGCCCAGUAAAAUUCAGCAGCAAGAAAUGAUACAAUUUAUCCAAUUAUUUUCCAAAGUUUUUCCUUGUGACGAAUGUGGAGAAGAUUUCAGGAAUAGAAUACGAAAAAACCAACCUGAUGCCAGCAACAGACGUAAUUUGACACAGUGGUUUUGCCAGAUUCAUAAUGAAGUAAAUAAGAAGCUGGGGAAGCCUGAAUUUGACUGCUCCCUCGUAGACCAACGAUGGCGAGAUGGAUGGAAGGAUGGAUCCUGUGAUUAGAUCUGCUGGAUAUUUUUCCAACUUGAUUAAAAAAAAUCAACAAAACACCCCAAAAGCAAUCCAUUAUGGACCUUUCCUAGAGACAAAAUUGUAUGUUUGUUAUUAAUGGAGGUGAUGGAAACAGGCAAAGGGCUUUGAUAUGUAUUUUCCAUUUCUGGUUUUGAAAAUUUAAUAUUGAAUAGAUCUCUUAAUAAUAUUCAUAUGGAGUCUCUACCUGUUGAUUGUGCUCUUUUCCUGACCACUUGAAUUAUUUCAAAUACCAGCAAAUGCUGCCUUCAGAAGCUUAGACUAUGUUUGAAGAAACCAUUCUGAACCUGAGGACAUUGUGCUUUCUCAGCUCAGUGCUGAUUUAAUCCCUGGAAAUCUGAGAUGGCCUAUCUGCAACUAUUUGCAGCCUUCCUCUGAGCCAGCAUCAUUUGCCUUCAUUGUAUUGCUUGCAUUUUUAUGUUCAUCAGAUUUUCCCCCUCUCAACUUUAUAAUACUUUUAAUCCUUUUUUUUUAAAGUGCUACAAUAUAAAUUGCUAGAAAACUAUGUCUUCUUACAUUUCUGCAGCAUAUAUACUGUAGGACAGGAUCUCUCAUUUAAGGUGUGAGCAAAGGUUAUCCUCUUUUUAUUUUCCUUUUAGCCAGAUUCACAAAAGAGGACAAAUCUAGAUUAAUUAACUUUUGAUUAAUGAAAUAAGCCACAGAAAUCAUGAGGUCAUGUUGUAUAUCAAAAUGCAUGGCUCUUGUGAAUGGGGGCUUGUGAAGGUUGUAUUCAUUCCUCAGUAAAUUGCUGAGUUCCCAUUUCAAGUAAGUGUUCUUUUUACCUAUCAGAACUUUGUGUGUGUCAUGACCUGGAAGCAGAAAACAAAUAUGCUCUGAGAUGCAACCUUGAAGAUGAAUCAUGUUUUAUGGUAGAGCAGGCUAGCUACAAUGAAUCACCAACAGUUGCCUUGGUGGGGAAAGGAGAAGGUUGGAGUGAAGAAAUAUGAAGAAAGUUUUUGCUUUCAACUUCUACUUUAUACCAUCUUAUAUAUAAGGUUGCCAAUGAAAUUCAAACUGAUUGAAGAGAUAAAUGUGGAAGACAUUGGUUGUUUAGAGGUAACCAUGUUUAUAUAUCAGUUUUUUAUAAGCUACUUCUGGGAAGAAAUUUAUGGUUUGCAAUAAUUUACUUUCUUGGUUUAUUUGAACAUGGGAAACUGACUUGAAUUUACAACUUUAACAGAAAAGAUGACUAUCAAACCCUGUUAAUUAUAAUUUGAUGAAUUUAUUUCUAAGUGUUGGUUCUACUUUUCCUGACCUAUUAAAUUUGGGGAUCAUACUAGGAAAAAAUACGUUAACCUGAAUAUUUUCAUUUUACAGAGGUUGCUUAAGGUCUGGGUUUAUUACCCAAGCAAAGCAGAUCCCAUUAAUUAAUGCAAAGUGAAUACACAUGCAGAUAUGCAAAGCACAAUGAAGAACAACUCUUCUGGUCUUCUUUUUCUGUUUACUCUGGUUCAGUAUCUGGAAACUUGCAGCAGAGAAAUAGGGCUGGUGAUGAAAUGGCAUCUGGUCUUUGUCAAAGGGUGUCUUUCCUAGAAGCAUUAAAAGGACAGCCAUGCCCUAUGGCCAAGGAUUUGGCAAGCACUACACAGCUCUAUUACUAAAACCAAAUGGAUGUUUGAUGAAGGAAAGGUGUAACAUUUUGCAUCUAAGAUAAUAAAAAUCCAAUUUCUGUUG